AAGGAUGCAGAAACCAGACACAAUCAUUACCAUACAGGCAUACGGGAUGGCACACCUGGAUACGAGACGCGAGAGCCUGAUGGUCGCCCCAGGGCUGCAGUCAGGGCCACAUGACGCACCUCGCCCGCGAGUGAAAGGGUGCGUCCCCGCUACCACUAUAAAAGCUCCAAGCACUGCUCUUCGGGCAUCAGUCCAUCAACUCACAUACACAAUGGCAUUUAAGUUUGUGAUCCUCGCUUGCUUGGUGGCUGCCGCCAGCGCCGGCGUAGUCCCCGUAGGCCAUGCAGCGUACGCGGCCGCACCCGUCGCCUACGCCAGCCCUGUGGCCUACGCCGCCCCCGUUGCCAAAGCCGUCGCCGUCGAAGAAUACGAUGCGCACCCACAAUACAGCUUCGCGUAUGACGUGCAAGACGGCCUAACUGGUGACUCCAAGAGCCAGCACGAAUCUCGCGACGGCGACGUUGUCCAGGGCUCGUACUCCGUGGUCGACCCUGAUGGCACCAAGCGCACUGUUGACUACACUGCUGACCCCCACAACGGUUUCAACGCUGUUGUGCGCAAGGAGGCUCUUGCCGUGAAAGUCGCCGCCCCUGUGUCUUACGCCGCCCCCGUCGCUAAGUACGCUGCCGCCCCCGUUGCCUACGCCGCCCCUGUCGCCAAGAUCGCAGCCCCUGUCGCCUACGCAGCCAGCCCCGUUGUGCACGCAGCUCCCGUAGCCAAGUUCGCUGCACCCUUAUCCUACUCCGCGCCAGUCUACCAACCCGCACCAGCAGUAUACCACUCUGCCCCUGUCUACCACCACUAAAUUGAUGCCAAAUGUAGUGUAGUUGUUACACAAAUCUGUAGAAUACAUUUAUUUGUUGACAUUUUUGUGUGAAAAUCGUGUUGAUUAGAUAUGUACGUAAAAUGAAUUAAAUUAUAUUUUUAUACGCCUA